GCUUUCGCCCCAGGUCGAACCGACCUCGACGCAGCCCACAGCAGCCCAACCAGCCCCGCCGCACACUGGAAGCAAGCUCCAGCAGAAUUCGCGGUCCAGAAGGGCAUCAAUCAAGAGUUGCUCGCCGCCUCUGCCACCGAAGACGAGGGUUGUGCUUUGCAGGUCCUCGCCGUUGCCUCCAAGUACGUGGACCAGAUGAACGGCGUGAACCUGUCGACGGCCAUCCAUCGCAUCGCCCGCGCCUGUCAGCGCUUUAAGAACUCCGCCGACCAGGUCAGAAAGGCGCCAAGCUUCGUGUCCCUCGUCGUGGCGGCAGAGCGCAUGGUCCUACAGGAGCUGGAGCAUCGGGAUUCACAGAUGCCAGUGAAGUGCUGCACCAUCAUCGCUUGGUCCUGCGCCAGCCUCCGUGUCUUCCGGAACUCUCUUUUCAAGGCCCUAGCUCGGCUGGCAACAGUGUCCCUCGAGCAGUGCCAGUCCUACGAGAUGACGAAUAUCAUGUGGGCAUUUGGGGAGCUCUGCAAGAGCCGUCGGCAGCUGAGCAAAGAUUUGAAGGAAGACCUCCGCAACCUCUUGGAGGCGACGUGCAGUGUCUUCAUCGCCAGGCCCAUUGGAUGGAAGCUCCAGGUGCUCAUGUCUGCGCUCGUCUCCUUGACAAUCCUCCCUUGGCAGCCCUGCAGCCAGCUCCUCUUCACAGACAUCGCCAAAGAGGUGGCCGGUCGCCAGCAGGAGCUUGCCAAUGAGAAGACGAAGCCACUGGCCAUGGCCUUCCAUGAGCUCCGCACCAAGAAGCCCCAGGCCUUCAAGGAGAUCAUGCUGGCCCUGCAGGACUUCCCCGACUUCGUCGCACACCCCUCGCUGCGGGGCAACCGCACGUGA